AUGCGCAAUCCCGACACGAAACUUACCACAGUAAACUUCACCACGAAGACCAUACAAUUAGUGUCCAACUGCAGUGAUCAAAACAAGCAACAGCAGUCACCAGUUAAAGUACCUGUAGAAGUAACUACCACAAAUCCAGGUGGGCAUGUAAAAGUUCCACAAGGAGCGACUUCACUGAAAUCACAGAAAGGGGAAGAAUUUGUGUCGUCACCUCCAGCAUGA